UUACGAUGUUUUUUGUCCGGCUCUCACGUCGUUGAAUAGGAAAUAUAUAAAAAUGCCGCUUCUAAUUUUUAACAAACAAUAAGCAUAGCAUGCCCCUUGAUUUGUUUUAUACAAAUAUAUCGCCGUCGCCACAUUUAUAAAAUAUUAUUAUAUUUGGUAUUUUUGUGUUUUGAUUUGUGUAUUUCUAUUUUUCCUCUCAAGACCAUGGGAGUAUAUGACCUUAUUUGGUAUCCCCUAAAUAGAGAACACUACCCAGACUGCAAGUUGUCCUUCACAGCCAGUUACUACUAGAUACUAGUGAAAUAACUUAACUUCUUGGACGCUGAUGUAGGUUCGUGUAACUUUGCGAAUGCUUAUACGAUUACUACGUGCAUUCAUUGCAGCAUUGUUUUGUGUGAAAGUUUGUUGGAGCAGCAUGUCUGUGGAGAAUGUGGCAGCACCUCCUCCUCCUCCACCUCCACCUCCAUCACUGGCUCGCUCAGUGUCCAGCAAGAAGAAGCUUUACCAGGCUCUAGCAGAGGGAAGGGCCCCUGUAGAAGGGGACCAUGAGGAGGCCAGAGUUAUUCUAGGACAGAGAGAAAGCAGUUUUAGGAAGGAUCUGCAGUGGUUGCUGUUCAAUAAGUAUGUGCCUUCACUUAUUCAAGAUGGUCCACAAUGUGGUCUUGUGGCAUUAUGGAUGGCGACUCAUCUUCUGCAGCCUCCCAAGACAGUGGCGCUAGAGACACUGGUCCAGAUGGCGAAAGACAACGGCUACACUGAACAAGGAGAAAUGUUUUCUGCAUGUGACAUGGCCAAGCUGGCGGAGGAAGUGUGUGGGUGCAGAGUUCAGAGGUUAUCAGGAGGCAUGAUGGGAGAAAACACUGCUGUCAUUCUUAAACACCUCGCUGGCGGGCAACCUGUUCUUAUACCAUAUGAUGAGGAUUUUAAUCAUGAGCCCUGUUUACGCAAUGGCCUCAAAGCCCACUGGGCAGUCGUCUCAGGUGUAUUAUUAGGGUUAAGGCAGGGGUGUGUGGACAGCAGACUCUUCCCCCCUGACCUCACACUUCCCUGGCUGCAUCUCUCUCAGAACGAGUCUCCUGUCUCAUGGCCGACGGAUGACGUUAAAGAGGUGUUUGUUCUGGCAAAGCAGGGGAAGAGUCUACGCUACCAGCUGUGGAAGUAUGAGCUGGUAACACAGAGCAACAGUCAACUCAAGGAGAUGGACCCUCAGAGAGCCAGCGAUGGGACGAGGUACGUACUUCCUCCUGGUGGCGUACAGGACGGUCUAGCGGGACAAGUGCUGCUGCUCCACACUAACACACAGAAGAACUGAACAAGAGCACCAAAGACCCUUCUGCAGGACAUAUGAGCUCUUUCAGGAGCUGGUCACACACCUGUAUUUUCAGUCCUUGUCCACUAGGUGUCCUUAUAGUUUGAGUGUUUCUAAAGGUGCUACGAAACAUUCAUGUAUGCAAAUAAGGGUAUUUAUAUUAGAUAGGAUAUUAGGAUUUUACAACGAAGAAUGUUUACAGAGAUGAACUCAUAUUUGUAGUUUGGGUUGAAGUACAUUUCACAAGCAAGUGGUUUUAAAAAUAAACUGGUAGAUGUUUGACA